ACGACGCCUCCGGGACUCGGGGGGAGCCGAAUGCCGCCUUCAUUGUCGAGGUGGAGCGAGUCAUGCUGCGACAUAGUUGAGAGAACAAUCAGAGAUGUAAACAAACCAGUGCCGCAGUCAGACCCGAAAUUCCAAUGUCCGCGGCCGCCCGCCAUAUCUCUACCUAGGGCUGAGAUUGAGCCAUUGGCGCGCGCCGCUUCCACCACUAACCCCGGCUGAACACCGGAUUUCACGCAUCUGAAUGGUAGAAGUAUUUGGCUAGUCCGCGACUUGAGCCGCGCAUUUGCAGAUGACGCGAGGUGACUCAUCCCCAGCAAUACAAAUACGCCGCCCAGCCUUAGAUCGUCUCCUCCAAGACAUCACCCGUCCACCAUGGCCGAAACCCUCUGGAGCUCGGAACGCUUAUACUUCCGCGGCGUCAACGACUCCGACGCCAAAUUCCUCGUCGCCUCCCUCUCCGACCCCCAAACGCACGUCCAACUCGACCCCUUCCUCCACACCCCGCCCGCCACCAAAAAAGGCGCGGAGUCCGUCAAAUGGAUGUCAGAGCAGCUCCUCGCCGCAAUCAUCUGCCUCAAGGAGCCCCCGCCGUCCACCCCCGCAACAACCACCGCAACUAAUGGCGACGCCGGCGUGGCAGCGGCAGCCACGCCCGCCGCCGAAGAUGACUUGCACUCCGCCGACCUGAAACUCACGCGCAUCGGGCACAUCGUCCUCAUGAGCGGGCCUCCAGGCCAGGCGCACCACCGCAAUGCCCAGAUCGGGCUGGGGCUGCUGAAACCCUAUCACGGCAAAGGCUACGGCACCGAGGCACUGGAGUGGGUGCUGCGCUGGGGCUUCCGCAUGGCCAACCUGCACAGAAUCACGAUUGCGGGCUUUGGGCUCAAUCCGGGGGCUAAGCGGCUUUACGAGCGCGUGGGGUUUGUGCAGGAGGGCGUGCAGCGCGAGGAGAUGUGGUAUGAUGGGCGGUAUUGGGAUUCUUGGUCGUUGUCUAUGUUGGAUCGCGAGUGGUAUGCGCGGUAUGGGGAGAAGGAGACGCGGGUUCUUGCUGGGGCGGAGAGUGUACAGCCGUGAGGGGGUUCUUGUUUGCAACAAAAGCUCGCUUGGGUAAUUUGUUUUGGGUUCUUACAGCGGUCCACUC